AUGGCUGACGAUUUAAGUAAUCAUCCGAAUAGUGUCUUUUUAAACCUCGAGGAUUUAUUUAAUCAAUUAAACACUUCAAAUGAAAUUUCACGCGAUCCACUUGAAGCUUCUGAUGUUGUAGAAUUAAUAGUUCAAUUUAUGCAACUUAAUGACACUCAAUCAUAUCAUCCGGUCGAUUAUCAAUGCCUUCGAGCACUCGCAAAUUUUUGUAUUUACAAUGUAAAUCGUCAGAAAAUUCUUGAUUCAGGUGGUAUAAAUACUGUGCUUAUAUGUUUGCAAAAGAAGAAAGAUCUAGAAACUAUUCGUGGUGCUUGCGCUGUACUAUUAAAUGCUGGGCUUCAUUAUGAUAAUGCAACGAGUGAAGAUGUAGAUAUUAUUGAAAAUAUUGUAGAAAUUUUGGAAAGCGUUGCUAUAGACAGUGAUGAAGUGCAACAAAUUUUAGUUAAAGAUAAAUUAUUUGGUAGUUUAUUGGACUUCUUAGAAUACUCAAAACCUCCAGAAGGUUGUAGUCAACGAAUUGAUAAGAGUUAUGGUGAAUCUAAAGCUGCCGUAUUGAAAGUGAUUGUCUCGACUACAAUGAGUGCUGAAAACAAGGACAUUAUUGGAUCUUGUGGAGUCAUCGGAGCUACAUCGCCAUUGCUCGAAAAGGAUACUGUCCAACCUGUCCAAUUUGUUGUAGUUGGAAUUUUUAAACAUUUAUCAUCUCAGAAUGUUAAAAAUUCCGUGAAAAUUAUUCUUGGGGAAAAUAAGGAUGAUGUAGAAAAACCACUUACACGUCUACUUAAUUUAAUUAAGCAUACUGAUGAUUUACCCAUUCUCAGCGAGGGAACGCGUGUACUUGUUAAUCUUGUUAAAAACAUGUGGGUUGAAAAUCCUCAUACUAUAUUAGAUUCUAAUCCUGCCUUAAAUAUAUUAACGUCGACAAAUAAUGAAGAAUUAGAUGAUAAUACUACAUCACAAUCGACAAAUCAUUCAGUGGUUAAUAAUGAAAAGAUUCCUUCGAACUCAUCAUCAGUAGAAAUACAACAAGAACAAUCCUCAAUAUCGCCCUUACUUAAAUCGUUGCUUGAUAUGAUAUUGAUCGAGCGGGAUAAAUACGCUGAUGAAAUUGAAUGCAAUUGA